AUGGAGGAGAGAGAUCUACGAAAGCUUUUGCAGACGAAGAACGGAUGCCGAGUGCCGCCUUUGCCGCCCAUACCGGAUGUACACAUGAUGGACAACUUACCUUUUACACCUUUACCACCAUAUAAUCGAAUUAAGGACAAGCAAGCAAAAUUUCGUAAAUUAUUGGAGGCGAAAGCUACCGACCAGAAAGUGAAGAUCGCUCGUGCGCCUGUACAGCGCCGCGAGAGAGACUUCCUUGAGAUAUCCGAGGACCGACACAUUGCCGCGUUACGAGAAUGUGCCAAAAACAUUAAACCACCGCCAAUGCUCAAGUCGUGGGAAAGGAAGAUUAGAAGCCUGAUACCUUCUAAACUGCGAAAUGCUUUCCCAGCUCUUACCGAAGAACUCAUUAAUGAAAGCAAAACUGAGUGGGACAAAAAACUACAUGAAUUUGCAGUUAAAACUAUCAUUCGCGACGUUCCUGGCGUUUCUCGGGAGCGGUAUCGAGAACCAUAUUUUAAAUUUAAUGGAAGAACAGAACACCACGAAAAAAUGCUAAAACGUAGAAAGAAAAUACAAACCGAAGCGUUAAGCUUACAUCCAUUUGUAAGGCUUAUACUUCAAUCAGCCGAAAAAAUGUUCCCGCAUUGUAUAAUCAAAUUAAAGAAUUACCGUUUGAAAGGGGCUAUACAUUUAGAAGAGUUCGAGAUGAAAAUAAUGGAGGAAAUUAAACGUGCAGACUAUCUUGUUUCAAGUACGUGGUAUAAUGUUUUAAUUAAAUGGAUGAAAAAUCCUAGAUGUUUAAAAAACAUGCGCCCGAAAAAGAUACCAGAAUUUGUAAGUUGCGCUACAAAAAUGAUAUCCAUUCAAAUACAAGAACUGAUGCGUCACUCGAUUAAUGCUAUAAUAGAUGACCUCGAAGAUCCUGAAUGUGUUCCGAUUUUACGUUUAGAGCUACGUUUCGAUGGCGAAUUCUAUUAUCAUCCUACACUUAGUACACUUUUUAAAGUUUAUCACAAUAUUGCUGAUGCUAUUUCAAACAUUGCACAAAGACUUAUGCCUAUAGAGGAAUAUCUUAAGAUUCCAUAUUUUAAUGACGUUCUGCCUGUUGUGUACAAUGAGUGGUUGCGCAAAAACGGCCACGAGAGACUGCAAUCACGACUGGAGGAAGUAUACUUACCACUGUUUACGUAUCUUGAUGAAUUAAGAAGGAAGUACGAUAUGCUCUACGGUCAACCCGCCAAGACGGCCUUACUUCAAUUCAUUAAUGAAACAAAUGAUUUUGAACAAGCCCACAAUAAGAUCAAGUAUUUCCAAACAAUUGACUCUAAUAUAACUGCUACUCUUGAAAAUGAAUAUUUUAAUUGUGCUGUAGUCGGCCAAUUAGAAAUGGUGACUGGUUUAAAACAAAAAGCUAACGAAUUUAUUAACGAUAUUAUUGAUGGGUUGGUUAAAGCUCAUAUGAGCGAAAAUGACAGCAUUUGUUCAGAAUUUGAACAAAUUGCUGAAAAAGCUUUAAAGGAACCCAAAAAUGCCGCUGAAUUAAUAGAACAAGGUGUAUAUAUUCUAUAUGCCAAGACUGUCUUGGUCGAAGCUCUAAAAGAAAGAAUAAUGAAUCAAAUCAAUAUCAUAUCAAACCUUUUAGAAAUGACUUCUUUAACAAAGGAGCACGUCGACUCGAACACGCGUACCGUGAACUGGCUCACUGCUAUCAAACCUAUUUUUGAUAGAAAUGCUGCUUCAUAUGAAACCUUCAAAGCAGAUAUGGAAGAUAAUUUACAAAAAAAGAUAGCAUUUCUUAACAAAGAGAUAAGUGAAAUAACGCCUUAUAUAGAACUUCUAGACAGUAUGGACGACGUUAAUCAUACGCUAGAAUAUUUAGAAUACUUACGUAAACUUGCACAUCGCUUAGCAGAUUGCGAUAAACUAGUCAUUUGGAUUAAUAAUGAAGAGACUACCUUUAAAUUUCCCAAUACUAGUUAUCCCGAUUUGGAAGAGCUAAAAGAUUUAAUAAUUCCUUUUUAUAACUUGGUUCAUCUUGUACAUCGAUGGAAGCGCAGCUACUACACGUGGAUGGAUGGCCCAUUUGAAUUUAUGGACCAUUUACAAAUAGAUCAAGAUCAUGAUUUCUAUUACAAAGAAUUUUUAAAACUUUCAAAAAAUUAUAGGAACAAAAUAAAACAACAAAUUGCCGAAGGCGUCGAAAAACGAUUUCAAGGUUUGGUUGACGAUCCUGACGUUAAUAACAUGCCUGCUCCAAUGAAACUGUGUGCACAGGCUAUUGCGGAGCUCAAGGAAUGGCGACCGAACGUACAAAUGGCACAUAUAAUGUGUAACCCUGCAUUAGAACAAAGACAUUGGGAUGAUAUGUCAAUCAUAGCCGGCUUUGAUUUAACACCGACUGCUGGUACAACGUUAAGAAAAAUUAUUAACUUUAAUUUAUGGGACGAUAUUGAUCAAUACGAAAUUAUUAGUGUUGCUGCUACUAAAGAAUUAGCUUUGAUAACUAAUUUAAAUAAAAUGAUGGCUGAAUGGGUGGACAUUUGUUUUAAAACAAGUCCAUACAAGGAUACUGGUAUAUUUAUUCUUUCAGGCCUAGAUGAUGUUCAAAGUGUUUUGGAUGACCAUAUUGUUAAGACGAUUGGAAUGCGAGGAUCUGCAUUUGUUAAACCUUUCGAAGCUCAAGUUAAAGCAUGGUACGAAAAAAUUGUCAGAGUCAAUGCAACUAUUGAUGAAUGGGGCAAGGUACAAAGUCAGUGGUUAUAUUUAUUACCAAUAUUUUCAUCUAAAGAUAUUGUUGCUCAAAUGCCUGAAGAAGGAGUCAUGUUUGUCGAGGUAAAUAACAUUUAUCGCAGAUAUAUGGGCAGCGUAGACAAAGAUCCUCACGUUUUGGAAAUUGCUGGGGGUAUUGGAGUAUUAGAAUCAUUUAAAACUGCAUCAGCUUUGUUAGAAAAAAUUAACGACGGCGUGAAUGACUACUUAGAAAAGAAACGCUUAUAUUUUCCGAGGUUUUUCUUUUUAUCUAAUGACGAGAUGUUAGAGAUACUUUCAGAAACAAAAAAUCCUUUAAAAGUUCAGCCGCAUUUGAAAAAGUGUUUUGAAGGUAUAAACAGACUUGUAUUUGAUCCAGAAUUUAAUAUAAGUGCCAUGAUAUCAAUGGAAGGCGAACAAGUAGAACUUCUGGAAAUUAUUAAUGUAGCAGCUGCAAGAGGAUCUGUUGAAAAAUGGCUUGUACAAGUUGAAGAUCAAAUGCUCAGAGCAGUAAAAUCCGAAACGGAAUUAUCCUAUUACGACUAUCCAACAAUGGGACGUGUUGAGUGGAUUUUAUCCUGGGAAGGCAUGGUGGUACUAGCUAUAUCGCAAAUAUAUUGGGCGAUAGAUGUCACUGAAUGUUUAAAUACACAUAAACUGAGUGAACUUGAAAAUUUCCACACUAGUUUGACACAACAACUUAAUGAAACAGUUGGUGUUAUACGUCGCCCAGAUUUGACUAAAUUAAAUAGUAUAACUGUUAAAGCACUCAUAGUUAUUGAUGUUCACGCAAAAGAUGUCAUACUAGAAUUAAUCGGAAAAAAUGUGAUUGAAGUGACAGAUUUUCAAUGGUUGGCCCAGCUUCGAUAUUAUUGGGAAGAAGAAAAAGUAGCAGUAAAAAUAAUAAAUGCCGUCGUAGCCUAUGCUUAUGAAUACUUAGGAAAUUCAGAUCGCUUAGUUAUAACUCCUUUGACAGAUCGAUGCUAUCGGACUCUAAUAGGAGCUUAUUACUUACACUUAAAUGGUGCUCCUGAAGGUCCAGCCGGUACAGGCAAAACCGAAACCACCAAAGACUUAGCGAAAGCAUUAGCUGUACAGUGUGUCGUAUUCAACUGCUCAGAUGGCUUAGAUUACAAGGCUAUGGGUAAAUUUUUUAAAGGCUUAGCAUCGUGCGGUGCUUGGGUUUGCUUCGAUGAAUUCAACCGCAUCGAAGUAGAAGUCUUAUCUGUAAUAGCUCAGCAGAUUCUGUGCAUUGUUCAAGCCGUAAGACAGCAUUUAGAAGAAUUUGAAUUCGAAGGAACAACUUUAAAGUUAAAUCCAGCGUGCUAUGUGUGUAUUACAAUGAAUCCUGGGUAUGCAGGACGCUCUGAACUACCAGACAAUCUUAAAGUGCUAUUUCGAACAGUCGCCAUGAUGGUACCCGAUUAUGCCAUGAUAGGAGAAAUAUCAUUAUAUUCUUUUGGAUUUAUAGACGCUCGUAGUCUAUCUGUUAAAAUUGUUACAACUUAUCGCCUUUGCUCAGAACAGCUUUCUUCUCAAAAUCAUUACGACUAUGGAAUGCGAGCAGUUAAAACUGUAUUAUCUGCUGCAGGAAAUUUAAAAAGAAGUUUCCCAAACGAAAGUGAAAAGAUUCUUCUGUUAAGAUCUAUAAUUGAUGUUAAUUUACCUAAAUUUUUAUCUUUUGAUGUUCCCUUAUUUGAAGGUAUUAUAUCUGAUUUAUUUCCGGGCGUAACUUUGCCCAAGCCGGAUUAUGAAAACUUUUUAAAUGCCUGUAAAGAAAGAUGUGAAGUUAACAAUCUUCAGCCUAUGGAGUGUUUCUUGAUUAAAGUUAUACAGACUUAUGAAAUGAUGAUUGUCAGACAUGGAUUUAUGUUGGUUGGUGAUCCAUUCUCUGGUAAAUCGAUGACUUUAAAAAUAUUAUCAGAGGCUCUCUCGCUAAUGGAAGAAAAGAAUCAACCUGGUGGAUGUCAAUGUACAUAUAAAGUACUCAAUCCAAAAGCUGUAACAAUGGGUCAACUUUACGGAGCCUUCGACCCUAUAUCGUAUGAAUGGACUGACGGCAUCGUUGCGACUAUGUUUCGAGACUUUGCGUCUGAGGACACGCCUGUAAGGAAAUGGAUAGUUUUUGAUGGUCCUGUUGAUGCGGUAUGGAUUGAAAAUAUGAACACUGUAUUGGACGAUAAUAAGAAACUAUGCCUUACUUCAGGCGAAGUAAUUGCGAUGUCUAAUGUGAUGUCUAUGAUUUUUGAAGUAAUGGAUCUUUCACAGGCGUCUCCUGCCACCGUAUCGAGAUGUGGUAUGAUAUAUAUGGAAUCUGCAUCCUUUGGUUUCAUGCCUUUUUACAAAUCGUGGUUAAACACCUUAAAUCCUAUUUGGCUUGAAGAGAACGAAGAAUACAUUUUUAACAUGUGCGAAUGGUUAUUUGACCCUUUAGUUUUGUACGUACGUAGAGACUGUAACCAACUGAUAAAGGCUGGUGAAGUAAACUUAGUAAUUAGUACCUUACGGCUUAUAGAAAUGCUUAUGGACAACGCCAUUGAAGGCGAGGAAGACACAAAAUAUACGAGAACCUGGUUUAUAGCUUCUUUCAUGGCUGCACUAGUUUGGGGCGUUGGUGGAAUUUUGAAUAGUGACUCACGUGAUAAAUAUGACGAUCUUGUCAAAGAAUAUUUUAGAGGCGAUAGAGGUAUCCCACAAGAAAUAGAAAGAAUUGAUGUGUCCAUUCCAACAGAAGGUAAAUUAAUUGAUCAUUAUUAUCAGUACAAAGGCAAAGGUUGUUGGAAAUAUUGGCCAGAUACUUUAAAAACUGUUCAGGUAAAAGAACAAAUAAAUUUGUUGCAAACGGUUAUACCUACAUUGGAGACAGAAAAAUAUAUUUCACUUCUGAGACUUCACACUAAAUUUGCUAAUCCUUUAUUGCUAAUUGGACCAACUGGUACAGGAAAAAGUUUUUAUGUUCAAAAUUUUUUGAUGAACGAAUUAGAUAUGGAAAAGUAUACUCCAGGAUUUAUAACAUUUACAACGACAACUAGUGCUAAUCAAACCCAAGAAUUAGUAAUAUCAAAACUGGUCAAAAGAAGAAAGAAUAACUAUGGACCUACAAAAGGAAAGAGAGCAAUUAUAUUUAUUGAUGACAUGAACAUGCCUGCUAAAGAAGUGUAUGGUGCGCAACCAGCUAUAGAAUUAUUAAGGUUAUAUUUUGAUCAAAAACAUUGGUAUGAUUUAAAAACUACUGAAAAUUUAUAUAUUCAUGAUACCUUUUUCUAUGGUGCUAUUGGCCCUGUAGGAGGAAGCCGUCAAUUGAUUUAUCCAAGAAUGUUACGUCAUUAUAACAUUUACUCCAUAAAUGAAUUUUCUAAAGAAAGUAUGACUAAAAUUUUUACAACUUUAUUACAAUUGGGUUGGAGACGAAAUGGAUUUGGUCAGGACACCCAGUCGACAAUUGUUAACAUAAUAGCGGCCACAAUGAACAUAUAUGAACAAGCAGCCGAAGGUCUCAGGCCAACACCAGCAAAAUCGCACUACAUAUUCAAUUUAAGGGAUUUCUCAAGAGUUAUUCAAGGUUGUGCAUUACUUAGAAAAGAAUCGGCUGAUAACAAAAAAACUUUUACUCGCGUUUGGGUUCAUGAAAUAAUGCGCGUGUUUUACGAUCGAUUGGUAGAUGAAACCGAUCGUACAUGGUUUUUUAACUUGUUAAAAACUUCAACUCGUGAUUUCAUGAAAGAAAACUUUGAGUCGGCUUUAGACAUAUAUGCAACUGACAAAGGUGAAGUUACUCAAGAAAGUAUAAAAAGUAUGAUGUUUGGUUGCUUUUUGGAUACCGAUAGUCUUGAAGGUGAAAGACGUUAUGAAGAAAUUCCAUCAAGAGAAUCAAUUUUAAAUGUUGCAACGGCAAUGCUAGCGGAGUAUAAUGCUAUGCAUAAAGCUAAAAUGACAAUCGUGUUGUUUGACUAUGCUUUAGAACAUUUAUCGAAACUUUGCAGACUACUUUCAAUGCCUUCAGGUAAUGCAUUAUUAGUAGGAGUAGGUGGUUCUGGUCGCCAAUCCCUGACACGCUUAGCUGGCACCAUUUUAGGACAGACAGUCUUUCAACCAGAGAUUACAAAAUCUUAUAGUGUCAAAGAUUGGCAAGAUGAUAUUAAAUUAGUGUUACGUGAAUCUGGGGGUCUGAAUAAAGAUACUACGUUCCUAUUUACUGAAAGUCAAAUAAAAGAAGAAGUUUUCAUACAGAACAUGGAUAGUUUACUUAACUCGGGCGAAGUACCUAAUUUAUACGGUUUAGAUGAAAAACAAGAAAUACUCGAAUUAGUACGUUUAGCAGCCCAAGGAGGUAAUAGAAAUCUUGAUAUAAGUCCUUUGCAAAUUUUAGCAUUUUUUGUAGCACGUUGUAAAGUCAAGUUACAUAUUGUCUUAUGCUUCAGUCCGAUAGGGAAUGCUUUUAAAACAAGACUAAGACUGUAUCCUUCAUUAGUAAAUUGCUGUACUAUCGAUUGGUAUGACAGUUGGCCAGAAGACGCUUUGGAAAUGGUCGCCAAUUUUUAUAUGGUUAAAGUUAAUGUGUCGGAUAAGAUAAAAGCAACUGCCGUUAUUAUAUGUAAACAGUUUCAUGUAGAUGCACGUAUUAUAUCCGCUGACUUCUUUAAUCAAUUUGGUAGGAAGACUUAUGUAACCUCUGCCUCUUACCUGAAUUUAAUUAAAUCAUUUACAACACUAACCAACAGAAAGCAACGCGAAUUAAAAGCGGCAAAGUUGAGGUACACAAAUGGUUUAGACAAAUUAGGCCAAGCUGCAGAAGCAGUUUCGAUCAUGCAACAUGAUCUAAAUGCACUAAAGCCACAGCUUAUGGUGAUGGCUGCAAAAUCAGCUAAAAUGAUGCAAGAGAUAGAAGUAGAAACCGCCAUAGCUGAUAAAGCCGCGGCACAAGUAAGAGAGGAUCAAAAAGUUGCUAAUGUACAAGCGGCCGCUGCAGAAGAAUUGAAAAAAGAUUGUGAAGCUGACUUAGCACUUGCAUUGCCAAUUUUGGAAGACGCUAUUGCUGCAUUAAACACUCUAAAGCCUGCAGAUAUAACCAUUGUAAAGUCAAUGAAAAAUCCACCUGCGACGGUUAAAUUGGUGAUGGCGGCAGUAUGUGUAAUGAAGGGUAUACCUCCCGAUAAAAUACCCGAUCCUGACAAUCCGGGUAAGAAAAUGCUUGAUUAUUGGGGUCCCAGUAAACGUAUAUUAGGUGAUAUGGGCUUCUUAGAUUCCUUAAAAAAUUUCGACAAAGACAAUAUUCCUAUUGCCACGAUGGCAAAAAUUAGAAAAGAGUAUUUAUCUCAUAAAGACUUCAAGCCGCACAUAAUAGCCAAGGCAUCUACUGCUGCAGAAGGUCUUUGUAAAUGGAUAAUUGCUAUGGAUAUGUACGAUGCGGUCGCAAAAGUGGUAGCACCGAAAAAGGCAAAACUAGAAGCGGCUGAAAAAGAAUUUUCUGAGACAAUGGCAAUAUUGGAAGAAAAAAAAGCAACAGUAGCACGUUUGGAAGCUAGACUGGCCGAGUUAAAUGAAGCAUUAGAAGAAGCCAAUAUCAAGAAAAAAGCCUUAGAAGAUGAAGUUCAAUUAUGUAUUGAUAAAUUGUAUCGUGCUGAAAAACUUAUUGGCGGACUAGGGGGUGAGAAAGUUCGCUGGACAGCAGCUGCUGCUAACCUUCAAACGUUAUUCGAUAACCUUGCGGGGGAUAUUUUAGUAUCUUGUGGGAUCAUAGCCUAUCUUGCUCCAUUUACACUACCGGUAAGGUUAAAAGUUACCGAUGAAUGGAGAAAACUUAUUAUAGAUUUGGAUAUGCCGCAUUCUCCAACUUAUUUAUUGAAAGAUGUAUUGGGAUCUGAUAUAAAAAUACAAAAUUGGUGUAUUGCAGGUUUACCAAGGGAUUCUUUUUCCGUAGAUAACGGUGUAAUUUUAGAUAAUUCGAUGCGAUGGAGUCUCUUAGUCGAUCCACAGGGUCAAGCAAAUAAAUGGAUUAAAACAAUGGAGAAACCUAACGAUUUACAAAUAAUGAAAUUCACUGAUGGAAAUUAUAUGAAAGUUAUCGAAACUUGCUUGGAAUACGGAAAGCCUGCCUUGAUAGAAUGUGUUCUAGAAGAUGUAGAAGCCCCGUUAGAUCCCAUUUUAAUGAAGAACACUUACAUGCAAGGCGGAAAGGAAUUUAUUGCACUGGGAGACAACGUUAUUGAGUAUCAUCCACAUUUCAGGCUUUACAUGACAACUAAAUUAAGAAAUCCGCAUUAUCUACCCGAAGUAUUCAAUAAAGUCACUUUGAUAAACUUUGCUUUGACAAAGGAAGGCUUAGAAGAUCAACUGCUUGGAAUAGUAGUAGCUAAAGAGCGCCCUGAUUUACAAGAAAAACGGGAACAAUUGAUUGUACAAGGUGCUGCAAAUCGUUCCGCACUUAAACAGGUUGAGGAUGACAUCUUGCGAACAUUACAAGAAACUAAAGGUGAUAUUUUAGAAGACGAAACGGCGAUUGAAGUUCUAGACUCUUCUAAACUUUUAGCCGUCGACAUUAUGAAAAAACAGGAAGCUAGCUUAGAAACUGAAGAAAUCAUUGAAAAAUUCAGAUUAGGUUAUAGACCAAUAGCGUCACACUCAGCCGUUCUGUACUAUUGUGUAACUGAAUUACCUAAUGUUGAUCCAAUGUAUCAGUAUUCACUCACCUGGUUUAUCAAUUUGUAUAUAUUAUCUAUUGAGAAUGCUAAUAAAUCUAAAGACUUAGAUAAAAGAUUAAAGUUUUUAAAGGAAACAUUUACUUACAAUUUAUACAGCAAUGUAUGCCGAUCACUGUUUGAUAAAGAUAAACUUAUGUUUUCAUUUAUUAUGUGCUCUAAAAUGAUGUUAUCCAGUAACGAAAUGAAUCAUGAGGAAUAUGUUUUCCUUAUAACUGGAGGUAUUGCAGUUGAAAAUCCAUUGAAGAAGCCAGUUGAUUGGAUACCCGAUAAAGGUUGGGACGAAAUAUGUCGAAUAAAUGAUUUGACUGUAUAUAAAGGAUUUCAAAAAAGUUUUGUUGACUCACCAAGUAAAUGGAAAGAAGUUUACGAUGAACUAGAGCCUCAUAAUAAGCCACUGCCGCUGGGAUGGGAAGAAAAGUUAACCGCCUUUCAAAAGUUAUUGAUUAUUCGUAUGUUGAGGCCUGAUAAACUAACCAUCGCGAUUUCUGAAUUUGUAGAAAGGCAAAUGGGUCGAAAAUAUAUAACUCCCCCGCCAUUUGAUAUUGGAAAAUCGUUUGGCGAUUCAAAUUGCUUAGCUCCUUUAAUUUUUAUAUUAUCUCCGGGUUCAGAUCCCAUGGGAGCUCUAAUUAAAUAUUGUGAGAAGAUGGGCUUUUCACAUCGAUUUAAUUCAAUUUCUUUAGGCCAAGGUCAAGGACCUAUUGCAAGAGCUAUGAUAGAAAGGGCGCAAUUAGAAGGAGGCUGGGUUUGUUUGCAAAAUUGUCAUUUAGCUGUUUCCUGGCUUCCAGUACUUGAAAAAAUAGUUGAAAAUUUUGACCUGACAAAUACCGAUUUAAGUUUUAGAUUAUGGCUUACUAGCUAUCCAUCUGAUAAAUUUCCCCAAUCUGUACUCCAAGUAGCAGUCAAAAUGACCAAUGAAGCUCCUACUGGGCUACAGCAUAAUUUAUUUAGAUCGUAUAUGUCGGAACCAUUAAAAGAACAAGAAUUUUUCGAAGGAUGUCCUGAGAAAGAUAAACCUUUCAGCAAGCUCCUGUACGGUAUAAGCUUUUUUCAUGCUGUGGUUCAAGAAAGAAAAAAAUUCGGCCCUUUGGGUUGGAAUAUUCAAUAUGGUUUUAAUGAUUCCGAUUUUCAAAUAUCUGUAAUGCAACUACAAAUGUUUUUAAAUCAGUAUGAAGAAAUACAAUAUGUAGCUAUAAAAUAUUUGACCGGAGAAUGCAACUAUGGCGGAAGAGUGACCGAUGAUUGGGAUCGAAGAUUAAUAGUUACUAUAUUAGAUAAUUAUGUUAAUCCCGGUGUAGUAAGUGAUCCUAACUAUUUGUUUUGUGACAUUGGACCUCAGUACGGGUUGCCUCGUAGAUGUGAAUAUCAAGACUACCUCAAGCAUAUCGAAAUCGUACCUGUGUCUCCGCCGCCAGAAGUGUUCGGCUUACAUAUGAAUGCCGGAAUAACAAGAGAUUAUUCUAUUUCUUUGGAGCUCACUUCAACAUUAGUCCUUGUCGAAGGUGGAGGUAGCGGCGCGGAAGGUGGAAAUACUGAAGUCAUACUUGUUCAAAUGGCUUCUGAAAUUUUAUCUAAACUCCCCACGACAUUCGAUACUGAGGUGGCUCAAAAAAAAUAUCCAGUCGAUUACAAUGAAUCGAUGAACACUGUCCUUAUUCAAGAAAUGGAAAGAUUUAACAAAUUGCUUAACGAAGUUAUAAGAUCUCUUUUAGAUUUGCAGAAAGCUGUGAAAGGUCUUAUUGUUAUGUCCCCGGCUUUGGACAUGAUGGCUAAUGCAAUGCUGCUGGGUAGGAUACCAGAGAAUUGGUCUAAACUAUCGUACCCCAGUUUGAAACCGCUGCCGAGUUACGUUCUCGAUUUAGUCGAACGCUUGUCUAUGUUACAAAAAUGGUAUGAAAACGGUAAGCCUCCUACUUUUUGGCUGUCAGGGUUUUUCUUUACUCAAGCUUUUCUCACCGGCUCAAUCCAAAAUUACGCAAGAGCUAAAAAAAUUCCAAUUGAUUUGUUGAUAUUUGAUUUUGAAGUUCGUAAAGUUGAUUACGAAACGACUGCCGCAGAAUGGGGAGUUUACGUGGAGGGUAUCUUUAUCGACGGCGGCCGUUGGGAUCGCAACGAACACGUUGUGGCUGAACAGUAUCCAAAGAUAUUGCACGACACAAUGCCCGUCAUAUGGUUAUUUCCUAAACUUAAAACUGAGUUUGUAGAAGGUACGCGAUACAAAUGUCCCUUGUAUAAGACGUUAGAGAGAAAGGGGGUCUUAGCCACAACUGGUCAUUCUUCUAAUUUUGUAUUAGCUUUUUAUUUGCCAUCGGAUAAACCAUCCUCUCAUUGGGUUCAAAGAAGUGUAGCUUUAAUUUUACAGCUAGAUAAUUAG